GCUCGCAGACGGUGCAAGUGCGACGGAGGAGGUGACGGGUGUCACCUACAUCCCCACUGAGCCUAUGGAGGUCAUCGUUCCUGGUACGGAUAAAAUCUCAUUUACGCUUCCUAAAUGAUCGUGUGCUCUGCUAGGAAUUUCUUUUGUAUGGCAUAUAUCCAGUUCAUGGCCCGGGUGAGAAAUGGCCAUAAUUAAGAGCAUUAAGUGUGCGAUAUUUGUUAGCAUGGGGAGGAACUUUAUUCCAGCUUCGAAACAGAUUUGAAUUCUCCCUUACGUAUUCUGCAGUCCAGGAGAUCUUUUAAAUCUGGUCUGCAGUUGGCGUAAUUAUCUGCCGCCACCGAUUCAAUGCGUACGACUCGCUCCAGGCUCUUAGCGUGAUAUACUUGCCUUCACUAGUGUUGCCGUCACCGAUGAAUCCCAUGGAUCCAUUUUCCUUUUAGUAGUCUGUACGGAUGUUGAUCUGGUGCAUAUCCUGAUCAUUACCGAAGAAAGUUGCACUGUACCCUGAUGUUCCAGCGGCACCAGCUUUUAAUCGGAGAUGGUGCUAUGGCCACCCGGAUUCAAGAUCAGAGUGUCGUGUGCGACGUUGUCGGAAGUCAAGGAAAAGGCGCCUUUUGCUGGACGUCGACGACGGGACGAGCUCGGAAUGAUUUCCGACAUACUGGUGACUCGUUCAUUGGAGGAGGGUCCAAUGCACCGAUGAUCCAAUCAGUGGUGCAGUAGUCCCUUUUGCACUCAAGAGCGAUGGUCAUCGUCACUUUUGCGAAAGACUGCACAAACGGUAUGCUCACAACAUCCAUCUCGGUGAAAACUAUAUCGAUCCUGAAAUAUUAUGAUAUUAUCAUGCGCUCUUAUUGACAUCGUAGGCUCAAUCCCCGUCCAUAUUCAUGCACAUGCUCUCGAAUUUAACUUCCCGGACUUUUCUCAACCGAGUACAGUAUGUCCAACGCAACCUUCCAUCUGCCUGCAUGACCUGGCCGAGCCUGCUCAGACCAGACCUUACGAGGAGUGGUAUCUCGCCUCAACCUGGUGUAAGCGAUGUGCAGCAAUCCGAGAAUGUUUAUGAGCCCGGGAGCACCUGUGCGCUGUGUAAGAGAACCUUCCGUGGCGAAGCCUCGCACUUACGUAGGGACUGCUCACCAAUCACGCGAAUUGAAAGACCGGUACUCCGUGCUCUCCCUCCCAUUGCCAUCCUCGUAACUGGCAACGUUUGGAUGGUCAUAACACAUGACAGAAAGCACUGUCCGGAUCCUGAUGAGUACAAUCUUCCUCAUAUUGUACAGCUCGUAUCCGAUCCCUCUCUCGGAUAUUAAUAGAGGCCUUCCCAGCAUUAAGACGGGGGCCGAGGAUCUACGUGUUCGUCUGAAGGGCCGAAUUUUAUAUUUAGUUCGAAACUCCAGCGGUCGAUGUCGCAUUCUCAUCGAACUUGUGAGCUCAUUUCACUGCAGCCUCAAGCUCCAGUCUUCCAGCCUUCCAGACCACCACUCUGAAUUCAGCAGAUUCCUACUUAUCUCCGUCUUCGCUGCAGUCCUAAAGGAAGUCAGGAGAUAGUCCUCUACCAAAAGUAGAGCUCACCAGCUCCUUCAUGUCAUUGGCUGCUUUCAGUGUAGCCGUCUUUAAAACAAUCCAGAGCUUGAUCCUACCAUGCGUCCGAUCCAUCCGAGCUGCUUGUGGUUGGUCCUUAACCGAGACACACCCACCACAGCACGAUUGCCAGUCAUGGGUCUCGAUGUACUUCAUGUUCAGCCAUCGUCGAGUACAAGGCUGACCAAUCCCUGGCCUUUAGCUAUUUUCUUACAUCGCCAUGUUUUGGUAUCUACCCCUUUUUAAAUACUUGAUGUACAUUUUACCCUUUUACGGAAUGAAUACAUGCAUCUAUGAUCCCCGGCCUACGGCUUUUGGACAUAUUCCUC